AUGAGAACCAGAUGUGGCGGGCGCAGCGCAACUUUCUCAGAGUUCGCGAUUGGUCCCUGGCCGAGGGCGGCAGCCAAUCGGCGCGCGGGGCGGGCCCGCGGGGACCCAGUGCCGGGGAGCCGGGCGGCCUGGCCGCCGUCGCCACCGCUGCCGCUGCUGCUCCUGCUGCUGUCGCGGGCCGCGGCGCUGCGCCCGGACGAGCUCUUCCCCUAUGGGGAGUCGCGGGGAGACCAGCUGCUGCCGGAAGGCGACGACGAGAGCUCGGCGCCCCUGCAGCUCGCACUCCCGCUGCGCUUCUUGGAUGCCGAGUUCGGCAGCCUCUAUGUGGGCACCAACGGCAUCAUCUCCACCCAAGACUUCCCCAGGGAGACCCAAUAUGUGGACGAUGAUUUCCCCACCGACUUCCCGGCCAUCGCCCCCUUCCUGGCCGACAUCGACACGAGCCGGGGCAGGGGCCGGGUGCUGUUCCGCGAGGACACCUCGCCGGCGGUGCUGAGCCUGGCUGCCCGCUACGUGCGCGCCGGCUUCCCGCGCUCCGCCGCCGGCUUCACCCCCACCCACGCCUUCCUGGCCACUUGGGAGCGAGUCGGCGCCUACGAGGAGGUCAGGCGCGGGGCUCAGCCCUCGGGGGAGCUGAACACUUUCCAGGCGGUUUUGGCCUAUGAUGGGUCCGAUAGCUUCGCCCUCUUUCUUUACCCUGCCAAUGGGCUGCAGUUCUUCGGCACUCGCCCCAAGGAGUCUUACAACGUCCAGCUGCUGCUCCCAGCUCGGGUGGGCUUCUGCCGAGGGGAGGCUGAGGACAUGAAGAGAGAAGGACCGUACUUCAGCCUGACUAGCACGGAACAGUCUGUGAAAAAUCUCUACCAACUAAGCAACAUGGGGAUCCCCGGAGUGUGGGCCUUUCAUAUCGGGAGCAGCUCCCCACUGGACAACUUCCAGCCGGCCACAACUGGAGCGCAUCUUCCCACAGCCCGCCCUUGGGCUCCCCGGGAACAGCCCGUCACCCCUGGCACAGCCCUGGAAGGCGACUACACCGAGGACGAUCUGGAUUAUUAUGACGAGAAUGAAGAGGAGGUUGAAUAUCCCCCGAGUGAACCAGGGGAGACGUGGGACGGUCACAGCCGGCUGGACGUGUCCUUCCAGUCGAGAGCCGACGCGGGCCCGCUGGGAGGUGGUCUCUCUUUUCCAGACCUGGACCCUUCCUCCCCUGUGCCACAUCCAGCACCUAGUGACUGGCCAUCUGGCCCUGAACCACAGUCUGCCCACUCGGACCCUCAGAGGAAAGAGGCGGCACCCCUGGGAGACGUGGAGACCCCGGGUUUAAAAGGCCACGUGCAGCCUUUGGAUCAGGCAGGGACCGGAAGUCCAGCUCUCUUAGAGGUCGACGGAGAUUCCCUGGCUCCUUCCCAGGAGGGCCCCGCGCGCCAGCCUGGAGACAGAAUCGUCCAGCCCUACUCAGAGGGCAGGCCCCUGCCUUCAGGACCCGAUCUUUCUGCGGCCUACCCCCAGGGAGAAGUUCUUCCUGAUUACUCUGGGCCUGGCCACCCUUCCUUGGUGGGUGGAGAGAGGCCCGUGGUCGGAGUGGAGGAUGAGAUCAGUUCCAACACUGAGGUCUUUACGUAUAACUCCGCCAGCAAGGAAACCUGUGAGCACCACCACGGCCAGUGCUCCCUGCAUGCCUUCUGCACGGACUACGCCACCGGCUUCUGCUGCCAUUGCCAGUCCAGGUUUAACGGAAACGGGAGGCACUGUCUGCCCGAAGGAGCACCUCAUCGAGUCAAUGGGAAAGUGAGCGGCCACCUCCGUGUGGGACAGACGCCCGUGCACUUCAGUGACGUGGACCUGCAUGCUUACAUCGUGGACAACGAUGGCAGAGCCUACACGGCCAUCAGCCACAUCCCGCAGCCGGCGGCCCAGGCCCUCCUCCCCCUGACGCCCAUCGGAGGCCUGUUUGGCUGGCUGUUUGCUUUGGAGAAACCCGGCUUCAAGAACGGCUUCAGCCUCACGGGUGCUACCUUUGUCCAUAAUGUGGAAGUGACUUUCUACCCAGGAGAGGAGAGGGUUUGGAUCACUCAAACUGCCGAGGGACUCGACCCAGAGAACUACCUGAUCAUGAAGACCAACAUCCAAGGCCAGGUGCCCUCGAUUCCAGCAAAUUUCAUGGCCCACAUCCCUCCGUACAAAGAGCUUUACCAUUACUCAGACUCGGCUGUGACUGUCACGAGUUCCAGAGACUACUCUCUCACUUUUGGAGCCAUCAACCAAACCGGCUCGUACCGCGUCCACCAGAACAUCACUUUCCAGGCGUGUAGGCACGCCGGACACCAAGCUGUCCCCACGCCCCAGCAGCUGUCGGUGGACCGAGUCUUUGCCUUGUACAGUGAGGAUGAAGGAGUGCUUCGAUUUGCUGUGACCAAUCAGAUUGGCCCCGUGGAAGUGGACUCAGAGCCUACUCCAGUGAAUCCUUGCUACGAUGGGAGCCACACAUGUGAUACGGCAGCACGGUGCCACCCGGGAACGGGUGCGGACUACACCUGUGUGUGUGCACCCGGCUACCAGGGAGAUGGACGGAGUUGUGCGGAUGUAAAUGAAUGUGCGACGGGCUACCAUCGCUGUGGCCCCAACUCUGUGUGUAUCAACCUGCCGGGAAGCUACAGGUGCGAAUGCCAGAGUGGCUAUGAGUUUGCGGAUGACCAGCACACGUGCAUCUUGAUCGCCCCUCCUCCCAACCCCUGCGAGGACGGCAGCCACAACUGCGCCCCUGCUGAGCAAGCUCGCUGCGUUAACCACGGAGAUGGCACGUUCAGCUGUGCCUGCCUGCCAGGCUACACUGGCAGCGGGUACCAGUGCUCCGAUGUUGAUGAAUGUUCGGAAAACAGAUGUCACCCAGCGGCCACCUGCUACAAUACCCCUGGCUCCUUCUCCUGCCUUUGCCAGCCUGGGUAUCACGGAGACGGCUUUCAGUGCACAUAUGAGCCCACCCAGAGGCCCCGGACUGUCUGCGAGCGCUGGAAGGAAAGCUUGCUGGAGCACUACGGCGGCGCGCCCCGGGAUGACCAGUAUGUGCCCCAGUGCGAUGACCUGGGCCACUUCACACCCCUGCAGUGCCAUGGGAAGAGCGACUUCUGCUGGUGCGUGGACAAGGACGGCAGAGAGGUGCAGGGCACGCGCUCGCAGCCCGGCGUCACCCCUGCAUGUAUACCCACCGUCGCUCCGCCCACCGUCCACCCCACGCCGAGGCCUGAUGUGACCCCCCCACCUGUGGGCACCUUCCUGCUGUAUGCCCAGGGCCAGCAGAUCGGCCACUUGCCCCUCAAUGGCACCAGGCUUCUGAAGGAUGCGGCCAAGACCCUGCUGUCUCUGCAUGGCUCCAUAGUUGUGGGAAUUGACUACGACUGCCGGGAAAGGAUGGUGUACUGGACAGAUGUCGCUGGACGAACAAUCAGCCGUGCCAGCCUGGAGCCAGGAGCAGAGCCUGAGACUAUCAUUACCUCAGGUCUGAUAAGCCCGGAAGGACUUGCUAUCGACCACUUCCGGAGGACCAUGUACUGGACAGACAGCGGCCUGGAUAAGAUAGAGAGGGCCAGGCUGGAUGGCUCCGAGCGCAAGGUCCUCUUCCACACGGACCUAGUGAAUCCCCGCGCCAUCGCCGUGGACCCGAUCCGAGGCAACUUGUACUGGACCGACUGGAACAGAGAAGCUCCUAAAAUUGAAACAUCUUCUUUAGAUGGAGAAGACAGAAGAAUUUUGGUCAAUAAAGACAUUGGAUUACCCAAUGGGUUAACCUUUGACCCCUUCUCCAAACUGCUGUGCUGGGCGGAUGCAGGAACGAAGAAACUGGAAUGUACACUACCUGAUGGAACUGGACGGCGUGCCAUCCAGAAUAACCUCAACUACCCCUUCAGCAUCGUCAGCUACACAGAUCACUUCUACCACACGGACUGGAGGAGGGAUGGUGUUAUAUCAGUCAACAAGGACAGCGGCCAGUUUAUUGAUGAGUAUCUCCCCGAGCAGCGGUCUCACCUCUAUGGGAUAACUGUAGUCUAUCCCUACUGCCCACCAGGAAGAAAAUGAAUUCCGUAAUGUAAAGAAGGACCUGAUGUUUACAAGCAGAAUCUUGACCCUAAUGAACAUUUACUGCAAAGGAAGAAAGUGAAAAAGAAAUUGGUCAUUAGAAGUUCCUAGACAUACAAGAUGAACAUUUUUAGUGCAAAAAGACUAAGUAUAUUUUGUGAAAAGUUUAUACCUCAAUCUUUACUACUGUAUUUUUAAAAACAAAAGUUGUUAAUGGAAAUUCUUUAAAAAGGUCAUUUUAAUAGUUGCUUAUUAAAAGCAACAUCUUGUGAACAUAUUUAAAAGGCCAAAUUCAUUCAAAUAAGAAUCAAUUAAGAACAUAAGAACCUGAACCUUGUUUUUCCUAUGAUUUUUUCUGGCCAAGAAAUGAGAACACAUGUGUUCAGUAUAAAAAUACCAUCCCGAAUACCAUCAGUGUUGAUGUAGUUAGAGAAGGUUAUGCAGAACUGAUGGGAAAGAACCAACUUACAGUUUCCCACCAGAAGUUCUAAGUUUUCUUACCUCUGCAUCAGUGCAUUUCUAUUUAUAUUACAAGGUGCUAGAAUGAUUCAAUUUGUAUUUUCCGAUCCCAUAAGUGCCUCUACGGAAGUAGCCACAGAAACUAUUACAUUUAUAAAUACCAAAGAGUAGCCAUUCUCAAAUUUUCUAGAUAACUCCAAUAAAGUAUUUUAAAUUUUUCUAUGAC